AUGCCCCCGAAAAACCGGUACCUUGUCGCGCUGUGCGUGUACGGGCGGCUGUCCAAUCAGGAGCAGUGCUUGCGGAACUACUUAAUCGUCGCCGCGCUUCUACAGCGAACGCUAGUUAUUCCUACCGAGAGCUGCGGCGUGGCCUUCAGAGCAUACUGUUGGCGAUGGGACAAUAUCGUGGAUGUGCCUAGAAUGAGAGCGUGCCUCGCGCCGGCGUAUGGUACUAACGAGACUGUUCUUACGGUGGAUGAGUACGUGGCGAGGGAGGGUCGUGACGUCAAGGACCACUAUUCGCACAUCACUCUGCCCGAUAAGCUCGAGUACCCCACCAUACCCUCCAAAGACGUCAACGACUUUCUGCACGCCUACGCCCCCUACAACGACGCGCCUGUCAUCAGCCUCGGGAAUGCCUAUGGCAUGUCUCUGAUCCACCUCCAUUUCUUCUUUUGGUCCGCGGUUCCCCCCUUUAAAAGCACCUGCGCGGAUAUCUGGCUGCCUCCCCCCGUUAUAGACAACUUUGUUAACGGUUUCAUCGACACGUUUCUGGGAUCGGAUUAUGCAGCGGUGCACCUUAGGCGGAGCGAUUUCGCCCUGCAUUACCUAAAGGGGAACAGUGUGGAGAAUACACAUGCUGCCUACCUUCCCAUAGUCACGGUUGCACAAUUUAUUGUUGGGAGGUUGAAAGAUACGGGCGCAUCUGUGGUGUACCUUGCAACUGAUGCAAGCCCGUCUGAGAUUGAACUGCUGGAGAGGCUGCUUCUUGGUUCGGGCAGCACUACGCCCCUUGUGGUGGUGCGCCUGCUGGAAUUCGCCAAGGGGUCGCAGGAGUAUUCUCAGUUCCCCUGGGUGAAGGAAUUCCAAGACUUGGAUUCAGAGGAAGAUGGCAAUCUCAGAGCGCUUGCAGAGAAGCACAUAUGCGCUAAUGCGCGCUUCAUUAUAGGCACGCUGAAGUCAACUUUCACGAUGGAUAUUCUUCGGUUGAGAGUGCUGCAUGGGAGGAUGAACGAAGUGGAUGCGUUUCUGGAUAAUGAGGUACCGGUGUGA